GAACCGGGUGCGGCGGCGGCCGGGCCGGGCGAGGUCCGGUGCGGUGCCGGCAGCUCCGCGGCGGCCGCGCUCCGAGCGCCUGGCGCCCGCGCCCUCCCUGCCGGGUCCGCCGGGCCGGGGAUGCGCGCGGGGCCCGGGAGCCAUGGUCCGCUUCGGGGACGAGCUGGGCGGCCGCUAUGGGGGCGCCGGGAGCGGGGAGCGGGCCCGGGGCGGCGGGGCCGGCGGGGCGGGCGGCCCGGGCCCCGGGGGUCUGCAGCCCGGACAGCGGGUCCUCUACAAGCAGUCGAUCGCGCAGCGCGCGCGGACCAUGGCGCUGUACAACCCCAUCCCGGUCAAGCAGAACUGCUUCACCGUCAACCGCUCGCUCUUCGUCUUCAGCGAGGACAACGUCGUCCGCAAAUACGCCAAGCGCAUCACGGAGUGGCCUCCGUUCGAGUACAUGAUCCUCGCCACCAUCAUCGCCAACUGCAUCGUGCUGGCGCUGGAGCAGCACCUCCCUGACGGGGACAAGACGCCCAUGUCCGAGCGGCUGGACGACACGGAGCCCUACUUCAUCGGCAUCUUCUGCUUCGAGGCCGGGAUCAAGAUCAUUGCCCUGGGCUUUGUCUUCCACAAGGGCUCCUACCUGCGGAACGGCUGGAACGUCAUGGACUUCGUGGUGGUCCUCACCGGGAUCCUUGCCACGGCCGGCACUGAUUUCGACCUGCGAACUCUGAGGGCUGUGCGGGUGCUGAGGCCCCUGAAGCUGGUGUCUGGGAUUCCAAGUUUGCAGGUGGUGCUCAAGUCCAUCAUGAAGGCCAUGGUUCCGCUGCUGCAGAUUGGGCUGCUCCUCUUCUUCGCCAUCCUCAUGUUCGCCAUCAUUGGCCUCGAGUUCUACAUGGGCAAAUUCCACAAGGCCUGUUUCCCCAACAGCUCAGAUGCAGAUCCCGUGGGUGACUUCCCCUGUGGCAAGGAGGCCCCGGCCCGGCUGUGCGAAGGCGACACCGAAUGCCGGGAGUAUUGGCCAGGACCCAACUUUGGCAUCACCAAUUUUGACAACAUCCUGUUUGCCAUCUUGACGGUGUUCCAGUGCAUAACCAUGGAGGGCUGGACCGACAUCCUCUACAACACGAACGACGCGGCCGGCAACACCUGGAACUGGCUCUACUUCAUACCCCUCAUCAUCAUCGGCUCCUUCUUCAUGCUCAACCUGGUGCUGGGCGUGCUCUCGGGAGAGUUUGCCAAGGAACGAGAGAGGGUGGAGAACCGCCGCGCUUUCCUGAAGCUCCGUCGGCAGCAGCAGAUCGAGCGGGAGCUCAACGGGUACCUGGAGUGGAUCUUCAAGGCCGAGGAAGUCAUGCUGGCAGAGGAGGACAAGAAUGCGGAGGAGAAGUCCCCUUUGGAUGUGCUGAAGAGAGCAGCCACCAAGAAGAGCAGGAACGACCUGAUCCACGCGGAGGAGGGGGAGGACCGGUUUGCAGACCUCUGCGCUGUCGGGUCCCCCUUCGCCCGGGCCAGCCUCAAGAGCGGGAAGACGGAGAGCUCGUCGUACUUCCGGAGGAAGGAGAAGAUGUUCCGGUUCUUCAUCCGGCGCAUGGUGAAGGCUCAGAGCUUCUACUGGGUGGUGCUGUGCGUGGUGGCCCUGAACACGCUGUGCGUGGCCAUGGUGCACUACAACCAGCCGCAGCGGCUGACCACGGCGCUGUACUUUGCAGAGUUUGUCUUCCUGGGUCUCUUCCUCACAGAGAUGUCCCUGAAGAUGUACGGUCUGGGACCCAGAAGCUACUUCCGGUCCUCCUUCAACUGCUUUGACUUUGGGGUCAUUGUGGGAAGCAUCUUCGAAGUGGUCUGGGCGGCCAUCAAGCCGGGAGCCUCCUUUGGGAUCAGCGUGCUGCGGGCGCUCCGCCUGCUGAGGAUCUUCAAAGUCACCAAGUACUGGAACUCUCUGAGGAACCUGGUGGUGUCUCUGCUCAACUCCAUGAAGUCCAUCAUCAGCCUCCUCUUCUUGCUCUUCCUGUUCAUCGUGGUCUUCGCCCUGCUGGGGAUGCAGCUGUUCGGGGGGCAGUUCAACUUUCAAGACGAGACUCCGACGACCAACUUCGACACAUUCCCGGCCGCCAUCCUCACUGUCUUCCAGAUCCUGACGGGAGAGGACUGGAACGCAGUCAUGUACCACGGCAUCGAGUCUCAGGGCGGAGUCAGCAAAGGCAUGUUCUCCUCCUUUUACUUCAUCGUCCUGACGCUGUUUGGAAACUACACGCUGCUCAAUGUCUUCCUGGCCAUCGCUGUGGACAACCUUGCCAAUGCCCAGGAGCUGACCAAGGAUGAAGAGGAGAUGGAAGAAGCGGCCAAUCAGAAGCUUGCCCUGCAAAAGGCCAAAGAAGUGGCCGAAGUCAGCCCCAUGUCUGCUGCGAACAUCUCCAUCGCUGCCAGGCAGCAGAACUCGGCCAAGGCGCGCUCGGUGUGGGAGCAGCGGGCCAGCCAGCUGCGGCUGCAGAACCUGCGGGCCAGCUGCGAGGCGCUGUACAGCGAGAUGGACCCCGAGGAGCGGCUGCGCUACGCCACCACGCGCCACCUGCGGCCCGACAUGAAGACGCACCUGGACCGGCCGCUGGUGGUGGAGCCGGGCCGGGAGGGCCCGCGGGGUCCCCCGGGCAAAGCCCGGCCCGAGGGCGCAGAGGCCACCGAGGGCGCGGACCCACCGCGCAGGCACCACCGGCACCGCGACAAGGACAAGGCCCCGGCCGCGGCCCCUGCGGCAGGGGACCAGGACAGAGCGGAUGCCCCGAGGGCGGAGAGCGGGGAGCCUGGCGGCCGGGAGGAGCGGGCGCGGCCGCACCGCAGCCACAGCAAGGAGGCCGCGGGCCCGCAGGAGGCGCGGGCGGAGCGCACCCGAGGUCCGGGCCCCGAGGGCGGCCGGCGCCACCACCGGCGCGGCUCCCCGGAGGAGGCGGGCGAGCGGGAGCCCCGGCGCCACCGCGCGCACCGGCACGCGUCCGACCAGGGCAAGGACGGCGCUGCGUCCGGGGCCAAGAGCGAGCGGCGUGCGCGGCACCGCGGCGGCCCCAGGGCCGGCCCCAGGGAGCCGGAGAGCGGGGAGGAGCCGGCCCGGCGGCACCGCACCCGGCACAAGACACUGCCCGCGCACGAGGUUGCGGAGAAGGAGGCUGCCGAGAAGGAGGCCGAAGCCGCCGAAGCGGACAAGGAGAAGGAGCUCCGGAACCACCAGCCCAAGGAGCUGCACUGUGACCUGGAGGCUGGUGGGACGAUGGGUGUGGGCCCUGUGCACACACUGCCCAGCACCUGUCUCCAGAAGGUGGAGGAACAACCAGAGGACGCAGACAAUCAGCGGAACGUCACUCGAAUGGGCAGUCAACCGUCAGACCCAAGCACUGCUGUGCACAUCCCAGUGACGCUGACAGGCCCCCCUGGGGAGACCACAGUGGUACCCAGUGGUGCCGUGGACCUGGAGGGCCAAGCAGAGGGGAAGAAGGAGGUGGAAGCUGAUGCCGUCGUGAGGAACGGGCCCCGGCCCAUCGUGCCGUACAGCUCCAUGUUCUGUCUGAGCCCCACCAACCUGCUGCGCCGCUUCUGCCACUACAUCGUGACCAUGCGGUACUUCGAGAUGGUCAUUCUCGUGGUCAUCGCCCUGAGCAGCAUUGCCCUGGCCGCCGAGGACCCUGUGCGGACAGACUCCCCCCGGAACAACGCCCUGAAGUACAUGGAUUACAUCUUCACAGGCGUCUUCACCUUCGAGAUGGUGAUAAAGAUGAUUGACUUGGGACUGCUGCUUCACCCUGGAGCCUACUUCCGGGACCUGUGGAACAUUCUGGACUUCAUUGUGGUCAGUGGGGCCCUGGUGGCGUUUGCCUUCUCAGGAUCCAAAGGGAAAGACAUCAACACCAUCAAGUCCCUGAGAGUCCUACGUGUCCUGCGGCCCCUCAAGACCAUCAAACGGCUGCCCAAACUCAAGGCUGUGUUUGACUGCGUGGUGAACUCGCUGAAGAACGUCCUCAACAUCCUGAUUGUCUACAUGCUGUUCAUGUUCAUAUUCGCCGUCAUUGCCGUGCAGCUCUUCAAAGGGAAGUUUUUCUACUGCACUGAUGAAUCCAAGGAGCUGGAGAGGGACUGCAGGGGCCAGUACCUGGAUUACGAGAAGGAUGAAGUGGAAGCCCAGCCGCGGCAGUGGAAGAAAUACGACUUCCACUACGACAACGUGCUCUGGGCUCUGCUGACGCUGUUCACAGUGUCCACGGGCGAAGGGUGGCCCAUGGUGCUGAAGCACUCCGUGGAUGCCACCUACGAGGAGCAGGGCCCGAGCCCUGGGUACCGCAUGGAGCUGUCCAUCUUCUACGUGGUCUACUUCGUGGUCUUCCCUUUCUUCUUUGUCAACAUCUUCGUGGCCUUGAUCAUCAUCACAUUCCAGGAGCAAGGGGACAAGGUGAUGUCCGAGUGCAGCCUGGAGAAGAACGAGAGGGCUUGCAUUGACUUUGCCAUCAGCGCCAAACCCCUGACGCGGUACAUGCCCCAAAACCAGCAGUCGUUCCAGUAUAAGACGUGGACUUUUGUGGUCUCCCCGCCCUUCGAGUACUUCAUCAUGGCCAUGAUAGCCCUGAACACGGCGGUGUUGAUGAUGAAGUUCUAUGACGCCCCCUACGAGUACGAGCUGAUGCUGAAGUGCCUCAACAUCGUGUUCACGUCCAUGUUCUCCAUGGAGUGCGUGCUGAAGAUCAUCGCCUUUGGGGUGCUGAACUAUUUCAGAGAUGCCUGGAAUGUCUUUGACUUUGUCACUGUGUUGGGAAGUAUUACUGAUAUUUUAGUAACAGAGAUUGCGGAAACGAACAACUUCAUCAACCUCAGCUUUCUCCGCCUCUUCCGCGCGGCGCGGCUCAUCAAGCUGCUCCGCCAGGGCUACACCAUCCGCAUCCUGCUGUGGACCUUUGUCCAGUCCUUCAAGGCCUUGCCCUACGUGUGUCUGCUCAUCGCCAUGCUCUUCUUCAUCUAUGCCAUCAUCGGGAUGCAGGUAUUUGGAAACAUUGCCCUGGAUGACGAUACUAGCAUCAACCGGCACAACAACUUCCAGACCUUUCUGCAAGCCUUGAUGCUGCUGUUCAGGAGUGCCACAGGGGAAGCCUGGCACGAGAUCAUGCUGGAUUGUCUCAGCAACCGGGCCUGUGACGAGCGGGCCAGCGCCAGUGAGUGCGGGAGCGACUUCGCCUACUUCUACUUCGUCUCCUUCAUCUUCCUGUGCUCCUUCCUGAUGUUGAACCUCUUUGUGGCUGUGAUCAUGGACAAUUUUGAGUACCUUACGCGGGACUCUUCCAUCCUAGGGCCUCACCACCUAGACGAGUUCAUCCGGGUCUGGGCCGAGUACGACCCGGCUGCGUGUGGGCGCAUCAGUUACAAUGACAUGUUUGAGAUGCUGAAACACAUGUCCCCACCUCUGGGGCUGGGGAAGAAAUGCCCUGCUCGAGUUGCCUACAAGCGUCUGGUUCGCAUGAACAUGCCCAUCUCCAACGAGGACAUGACAGUGCACUUCACGUCUACGCUGAUGGCCCUCAUCCGCACUGCACUGGAGAUCAAGCUGGCCCCAGCGGGGACGAAGCAGCAUCAGUGUGACGCAGAGCUGAGGAAGGAGAUCUCUUCGGUGUGGGCCAACCUGCCCCAGAAGACGCUGGAUUUACUGGUACCGCCCCAUAAGCCCGACGAGAUGACAGUGGGCAAAGUCUACGCAGCUCUGAUGAUAUUCGACUUCUACAAGCAGAACAAAACCACCAGAGACCAAAUCCACCAAGCCCCCGGGGGCCUGUCCCAGAUGGGCCCUGUGUCCUUGUUCCACCCUCUGAAGGCCACCCUGGAGCAGACGCAGCCAGCUGUGCUCCGAGGAGCCCGGGUUUUCCUUCGGCAGAAGAGUUCCACCUCCCUCAGCAACGGCGGAGCUGUACACACCCACGAGAGUGGCCUCAAGGAGUCCGUGUCCUGGGGCACUCAGAGGACCCAGGACACGCUCUGUGAGACCAGGGCGCCCCUGGAGCGUGGCCACUCAGCAGAGAUCCCUGUGGCGCAGCCAGGAGCCCUGGCGGUGGGUGUCCAGAUGCAGAGCAUGGCCCUGAGGGGCCCCGACGGGGACCCCCAACCUGGGCUGGAGAGCCAGGGGCGCGCUGCCUCGAUGCCUCGCUUGGCGGCGGAGACUCAGCCCAUGCCGGACGCCAGCCCCAUGAAGCGCUCCAUCUCCACGCUGGCCCAGCGCCCCCACGGGGCCCAUCUCUGCAGCACCGCCCUGGACCGCCCGCCGCCCAGCCAGGCCCCGCACCACCACCACCACCGCUGCCACCGGCGCAGGGACAAGAAGCAGAGGCCCUUGGAGAAAGGGCCCAGCCUGUCUGCCGACGGGGAUGGCGCGCCCAGCAGUGCUGCAGGGCCGGGGCUGCCCCUGGGAGAGGGGCCUGCAGGCUGCCGGCGGGAGCGGGAGCGCAGGCAGGAGCGGGGCCGGUCCCAGGAGCGGAGGCAGCCAUCGUCCUCCUCCUCGGAGAAGCAGCGCUUCUACUCCUGUGACCGCUUUGGGGGCCGCGAGCCACCAAAACCCAAGCCCUCCCUCAGCAGCCAUCCCACGUCACCGACAGCUGGCCAGGAGCCGGGGUCCCACCCCCAGGGCAGUGGCUCGGUUAACGGGAGCCCCUUGCUGUCAGCAUCUGGUGCUAGCACCCCAGGCCGUGGUGGGCGGAGGCAGCUCCCCCAGACGCCCCCGACUCCCCGCCCCAGCAUCACCUACAAGACGGCCAACUCUUCCCCCGUCCACUUUGCCGGGGCUCAGACCAGCCUCCCGGCCUUCUCCCCUGGCCGGCUCAGCCGCGGCCUUUCUGAACACAACGCCCUGCUGCAGAGAGACCCCCUCAGCCAGCCCCUGGCCCCUGGCUCCCGCAUCGGCUCCGACCCUUACCUGGGGCAGCGUCUGGACAGCGAGGCCUCGGCCCACACCCUGCCUGAGGACACGCUCACCUUCGAGGAAGCAGUGGCCACCAACUCAGGCCGCUCUUCCAGGACUUCCUAUGUGUCCUCGCUGACCUCCCAGUCACACCCCCUCCGCCGUGUGCCCAAUGGCUACCACUGCACUCUGGGACUCGGCUCGGGCAGCAGGGCGCGGCACAGCUACCACCACCCCGACCAAGACCACUGGUGCUAGCUGCACCGGGACCGCCCUGUGCCUGCACGCAGCAGGUGUGUCCCGUGGGUGAGUUUUAUCACCCACGCUGGGCUCCCAGGGAUGCUCAGGAGCGGCGAAGGGAGACAGCCCCAGGGAGGAGGGUUCUCGCCCUCGGCGGGGCUUCUCUGCUCCAUCCCUCCUCUUCUGCACUGGAUGGAUUAAUAAAGCCCUUUCUGGAGGGAUGUGGCUCUCUCUCCCCGUCGUGUGCUGCCUUCCUGGGUCUCACACGCACAUCAGAUCCUGCACAGGAAGCUGCUGAGUGUGUCUGAGACCGCCCAGCAAGUCCAGACCCUGCGCCAGGGACUCCGGCAUCCAGAGUGGGUUCCUG